CAUCCUACUUUUACCCAUCACAUCAAGGGUAUUUUUGAAAAGUCAACGCAAAAUUAUCCGUCCCUUAAUUUCAAUUUUAGUCAAAAUGGUAACAGGACUGAGGGAGUAUUUAAUUUAUGACAACAGUGUGACUUCUUUCCCACUAUUCCACUUUUGAUCUUGCAGCAAUAGCCGAGAGGGUCGAGAAGGUGAAGGGAUUCACAGCUGCGUGGCUAAACUAUGGAGAUGGACAUGAAAGAUGAUAAAGAGUUUGUUUCGAGCACAACAAAAGAUGUGAUUAAUAUAUUACCGGAAGAAGUGAUUGGGAUGAUUUUGUCCCUUCUACCAUUGAAAGAAGCACCCUAGAUUUAUUCGAAUUUGACAACUUGUAUUCGUUCCAUACAUUCAUCCACUCUAUAUGUAUGUAUGUAUACCCCUUUCCCCACCCCCUACCCCGCAGCACAGUUAUCUUUAACCUCUUCUUCUCCGCCGGCGCCUCCAGAUCUCUCUUUCCCUCUCUCAAAAUCUUAAGGUAUUCGAUCUGAAUUCCCAGAUUAAUCGUGUCAAGCUUUCGAUUCAACAUCUGCCUCUUUUAGAAUCUGUUUAUGCGGACUACUAAUUUGAUAGAUUCUUGUGGUUUCUUUUUAUGUGUGCCAGUGGAGUGUUUCUAUUCUUAUCACGUUCGCUAGAUUAGGUUUAUAAGAUUUUGUAACGAAUCACUUGCGUCUGUACUACGGAGUUUUAGGGUUCAUUUGCCGAAACAGUAAAGAUGGUUGCUUUUUUUCUCCUAAUCCUAAGAAAUUCCACUCUUUUCUUCGUUGAUUAUGCUGUUAGAUUUGUUUUCUUUUAUGGAAACACUAAAGAUGGUUACUUUAUAUCGAUAUUGUUUUUAAUUCCAGGAAAUUUUCAUUUGUUUUGGUGCUUAUUGGGUUAUGGGAGUUUUUGCCUGACAGUCAUUCCUGAGAUCCAGUUGAUCAGUUUGGGGUUAAUCUCCAAGUGAUCGAUUAUUGGCUCUUUUUUCCUAGGGCUUGUGCUUAGUUGGACAUAUUCUGAUGAACAAGAGCCAGAUUUGUUGAUAAUUGGCCCAUUUGUGUUAUUAUCAUUUAAAUUUUACCACAUUGUUUUCUUGGGUUAAUUGCCAGGGAGUUCAGAUUUAAGGGGGAUUGUUUACUGAAAUUUGGCCUUUGACAAGGAAAGUUUGACUUGUAUAGCGUCUAUAUAAUUGUUAAAAGAUGCACUUCUGGUCAUCAUCAUACCAAAAUGCAGUAUUUUUGCUGUCAUUUGCAUUUCAAUGGAUGCCAAGAGAUUCAUUCAAUUGGUCGAGGAGAAGAAGAAGAGGGCUUUGGAGAAGAAUGAAGCUCGGCUGAAAUGGGAGGAGAAGCUUGAGGCUGCAGCAAUGGCACGCGCAGAUGCCAAAGCCAAGGAGAAGAAGGCAAGAUCGGCAGCUGCCAAAACCAAGAGAAAAUCCGUUUCGGAAUCUGACAGCGGAGGCGAUUCUUCAGGUGAAGAAGGGAGAAAGAUCAUCAAGAAGUCCCACUCCCACAAGAGGCAUAAAAAGCAUCAUCACAAGAGCCGCAGACGGUCCCACUCUGGCAGCGAGGAAUAUGAGAGUGAUGGAUCAGAGGAGAGAGACCGGAGGAAGAAGCUGGCCCACAAGGAAUAUGACAGUGAUGACUUGGAGGAGAGAGACCGGAGGAAGAGGCGGGCCCACAAGAAGCACAGACAUCAUCGUGAUAGACAAGGCUCAGACUUGAGCUCUGAAGACUCAUCAUCUUCAUCUGAUGAUGAGAGUGAUGAUGCCCAGAAAAGAAGACACCACAAGAAGAACCACAGGCAUCAAAGGAGAUCCCACUCUGGGAGCUCCUCAGAUUCAUCUUCAAGCAAUGAAAGUGAUGAACCUAACAUGAAGCGCAAGAGGAACCAUCGCCAUCGCCGUCACAACCACCACCACCACCACCACAAGCGGCGCACGGAGGAGGUUGGUGGCGCAUCAGAUAACUGACCGUUCUGCGUUUAAUGCUUGCACUUGAUUUAUUCAAUGAAACCUCUAUUGACAUGUACUAUAAACUACAACUAUGGUUUCUCUCUGCAUUGCCUUUGAUUGGUCACUUGGAAUCCAAAGCUUGUUCUUAGGAAUACAUUGAACUGAAAUGUUCCCCGGCCUAUUGUUGGUUUCCUAUUCGGCUUCUAAACCUUAUUUG